UGGAUGGGCAACCUUCUAAUACUCUACAAGUUGAAGUCGUCGACUUUAAGAAGAUUUGAUCAGUUUUGCAGAAGAAUUAUGGCGAAAACGUGUCACUUGUCUGUGGCACUUGUUGCCCUGUGCCUUUUAGUUGCAACGCAUUCUACGGAUGCCGACAAGAAGCAGAGCAAAAAGUACAGCAAGGAGGCAAACGAUCCGCAUUUUAAACAAAUUGUCGACGAAAAAUAUGAGCCGGAAAUUCGGAAUCUUCAGCGGCCAUUUCGCAUGGCCAAAUUGAAUCUCGUUUGGGCAAAGGCGCAGAAUCGUCUGACUGAAAGCAAAAUAAAGUCUUUGUACAUGGAGCUGAAAAUACAUGAUAAGGAGGAGAUUACAUGGAAGCAGAUUAGCUCCCAAGUCAAAGACAAGGAUGGUCUAAAGGAGAAUGAAUUGCGCCAAAAGCUGAUUGGCAUCAUGAGCAGCUAUGAUUUGCUAGAACACUUUGACGAUACGCAGGAUGUGGAGAAAACAAAGCCCUACAAAAAAUUUCAUGAUCCCGAGGAACGCCAUAAGAAUAAAAGUCUGUUUAAGGACAAAAAACUAAACCGAUUGUGGGAAAAGGCUGAAAUCUCAGGCUUUACGGCUGAUGAAUUGAAAUCCUUAAAGCAGGAGUUUGAUCAUCAUCAAGAUAAGGUUGAUGUCUACUAUAGUUUGCUGGAGAACGUUGGCACCAUGGAUACGGAUAAGCAUGAAAAUGCAAUCAAUACCGAAGACUUGGAUAAUUACAAUCUCAUCUCUAAUGAUCCCAACGAAAAUGAGAUCACCACACACGAGCAGAAUGUUAAAAAGUUCCAGAAUGAUUUGAACUCGCUGCGUGGUCAUCAUGUUGGAAUCAAGGAUCAUUAUGAUCGCUUGGAGCGUCUGGUAUCUUCCGGCCCACACAGCCAAGACUUUAUUGAACCCAAGGUGCAGGGAUUGUGGCGUGUGGCGCAAUCCAGCAACUUUACGGAUAAGGAACUGGCUUCCGUUAAAACCGAACUGCAUCAUUUUGAGAGUCGCUUGUUAAAACUACGUCAUUUGCAUGCGGAGCAUGCCCUGCAUAAGGAGAAAUAUAAGGAUGAAAAACACAAGGACAAGAGCAAUAGAUUUGAAGACAUGGAGGAUCAGCUAAAGAAACAAACACGAAAGGUCGAAAAACUGCAAGAGAAUAUUGAGAAAACCAUUUUCAAACAUACUGAACUUUGAAACAUUCAAUUCUCCAUGAUUUUUCCAAGCGAGCAAAUUAAUUUAAGUUACAAAUAAUCUCUGAAGCAAUUUUUCCGCUAAGCACUAACCUAGUUUACUAAUUUUUUAUACCAAAUCCCAAGCAGCUAUUAAGCGCAUUUAUUAUGUUAACAAAUGAAUUAAAAACAAAUGAAGUUGAAAA